AUGUCUAGCAACAAGAAGAUUAUUGAUGUUGUCAGAAGCACUGGAUUGCAAGGAGGAAGUGUGGUUUGUUCUCUCCUCGUGGACGGGACCUUUGCUGUUCAAGCCCUUACCCACAACAUAAACGGGGAUGCAGCCACGAAGCUCAAAGCUGCUGGAGCCAAGGUCAUCUUUGCCGACCUUGAGGAUGUUGAGUUGCUCAAAAAGGCUUUCAGGGGCGCAUAUGGCGUUUUUGGCAUCACUGUCCUCACUCUGUAUCUUGGUGUCGAGAAGCUUGACCAGGCCAAAUCCCGCAAUCAUGAGACCCAACUUGGGAAGAAUAUUGUUGAUGCAGCCAAAGUGGAAGGAACCAAGCAUCUUGUUUGGAGGUAUGAACGUACCAAUCCAUGUGUGCAUCUCAUCCAUCUAAUUGGGUGGUGCUCAGCACACUGGACGACACUUUGA